CUAGAGGCCAGACCGCGGCGGGAUCCGACGUCUGAGCUGGAACCGGCGGACUGAACGGAGCACGGCAGCUGCAGCUAGGGCGGUGCGGCCGGGGCUCCCCGCCAGGUCGCAGAGGCGAGCAGGGACUAGCGGGCAGCCGUCGGCGCAGGCACAAUGGGGAACCGAGAGAUGGAGGAGCUGAUUCCUCUGGUGAACCGUCUGCAGGAUGCCUUCUCAGCGCUGGGACAGAGCUGCCUGCUGGAGCUGCCGCAGAUCGCUGUGGUGGGCGGCCAGAGCGCCGGCAAGAGCUCAGUGCUCGAGAACUUCGUGGGCAGGGACUUUCUCCCUCGAGGGUCAGGCAUUGUAACAAGACGCCCUCUGGUGCUGCAGCUUGUUACUUCGAAAGCAGAAUAUGCUGAAUUUCUACAUUGCAAAGGAAAAAAAUUUACAGAUUUUGAUGAAGUUCGCCAUGAGAUUGAAGUAGAAACAGAUCGAGUAACUGGGAUGAAUAAAGGCAUUUCCUCCGUACCCAUUAAUUUACGAGUCUAUUCCCCACAUGUGUUAAAUCUAACCCUCAUCGACCUACCUGGAAUUACUAAAGUGCCUGUGGGAGAUCAGCCACCAGAUAUUGAGUACCAGAUCAGAGAAAUGAUUAUGCAGUUCAUUACCCGGGAGAACUGUCUGAUUUUGGCUGUUACCCCAGCCAACACCGAUCUUGCAAACUCAGAUGCAUUGAAGCUAGCUAAAGAAGUUGAUCCUCAAGGUCUAAGAACCAUUGGCGUCAUCACUAAACUGGAUCUUAUGGAUGAAGGAACAGAUGCUCGGGAUGUUCUAGAGAACAAGCUGCUGCCGCUCCGCAGGGGUUACAUUGGGGUGGUAAACAGAAGCCAGAAGGACAUAGAUGGGAAGAAGGACAUAAAGGCUGCCAUGUUGGCAGAAAGGAAAUUUUUUCUCUCACACCCGGCUUAUAGGCAUAUUGCUGAUCGGAUGGGGACCCCACACCUGCAGAAGGUCCUUAAUCAGCAACUUACCAACCACAUCAGAGACACCCUGCCCAACUUCAGGAACAAACUGCAGGGACAGUUGCUGUCCAUAGAACACGAAGUAGAAGCCUACAAAAACUUCAAGCCAGAAGACCCCACCAGGAAGACCAAAGCAUUGCUUCAGAUGGUUCAGCAAUUUGCUGUGGACUUUGAGAAGAGAAUUGAAGGGUCAGGGGAUCAAGUAGAUACACUGGAGCUCUCAGGGGGUGCUAAAAUCAAUCGUAUUUUCCAUGAACGCUUUCCUUUUGAGAUAGUAAAGAUGGAGUUCAAUGAGAAAGAAUUACGAAGAGAAAUAAGCUAUGCAAUCAAAAACAUACAUGGUAUCAGGACAGGGUUGUUUACUCCAGACAUGGCAUUUGAAGCAAUAGUCAAAAAACAAAUUGUAAAGCUGAAAGGGCCUUCCCUGAAGAGUGUAGAUCUGGUAAUACAAGAAUUAAUCAACACUGUCAAGAAGUGUACCAAAAAACUGGCAAACUUCCCCAGACUCUGUGAGGAAACGGAAAGGAUCGUUGCUAACCACAUUCGUGAGCGAGAAGGGAAGACAAAGGACCAGGUACUGCUAUUGAUUGACAUCCAAGUCUCCUACAUCAAUACCAACCAUGAAGAUUUCAUUGGCUUUGCAAAUGCUCAGCAGAGGAGCAGUCAGGUUCACAAGAAAAACACAAUUGGAAAUCAGGGAACCAAUCUUCCGCCUUCAAGGCAAAUUGUGAUUCGAAAGGGAUGGCUAACCAUCAGCAACAUUGGCAUCAUGAAAGGAGGCUCUAAGGGAUACUGGUUCGUCCUUACUGCUGAAAGCUUGUCGUGGUACAAAGAUGAUGAGUCUUCUGCUGCAGAUACUGAAAUAAGGUCAGAGAAUACAUGUGAAGAAAUGGCUUUUCAAGGAACAGGUGGAAAUUGAAAAGAAAAUGGAACCUGGAGUUUUGUGAGUCUGUCUGUCUUGUAAACAUAGUAUUUAUGAGGAUGGAGGAGGGUGUGGGAGGACUUGUUGUCAUGAUUUUACAUAAUCAGAUCAAAUUGUUCAAAUUCUGUAGUGCUUGCUAUUCAUUGCAGUGAAGCAAAAGAGUGAAUUUGUAGGUAACAGGUGAUAAUAUGGGUUUUAUUCACCUAAGCAAAUAAUUGCAGCAGAAGUGUCGUCAGGCUUAUUCUAAUGUCACAUAGAAAAAAGUCUGAUGAAUCAAGAGAUGGGAAAGUGCAGGAAAGAUACUGGAAUCAUAAUAAAGAAGGGAAAUCAAUUGUGAGAUUUCUCAUUCUUGUUUUCAUGGCAGUUUCCAUAUUCCUGUGAGAAGCUUGAAGGUUGCUCUGUCUCUGGUAUCAAUCAUACCUUAGCCAGACAGCAAACUAGGGCUGGUCACUGCAGCUGGAAGAUUUCUUCCUGACAAUGAUUCAUGCGAGCCAAUUGUCAGAAGUUUUAAAGUUCUUAAAUAGAAGCUGAUGUUUGUCUUUUACUGUUGUGCAGUCACUGAAGAGGUUUCAUAUAUGAAAUAGCUUUGCAGAAAAAUAAGUCUACCCCUUAUCUUUAAACAAGGCUUGCCUCAGAAAUCAUCUACUCGUUCAUGGGGCAUGACAUUUUCUGAGUAUUUCAUGUUUCAUGUACCUGUGUGAUGAAAUUCUUUUUCUUACAGUACAUAGGUUACCAUAGGAGAAGGUAUAGGAUAUGCUAUUUCAUAAGCCCAAACUUUAUUUUAUGUUGUCAUGAGAGACUAAAAAGGCAGGAAAAAAUUAUGUAUUUAACUUACGGUCUUUGAAAUUAUUCAUUAACAUCAUGUGCUGAUUUUAGUAUAUAAGAAGGGAUGGUCAAAUACUUCUAAUCCAGGCUGCACACCUGGGUUCAGAAACAGGAAAGAUAAAAGGUGGAAGACCCCCUAGUCAGAUUAGUAUUGAAAAGUUUUUACUUCUUUAUACCUCUCCUGUCAACCCAAGCAUCCUUCCAUAUGAAAUCAAAUAUUUUAGCCUUGGAGCAAACCUUAAAGAUCGUAAUAAUCAAACAUCCUUUUUGAUAGAUAGAAGAAACUAAGGCUUAGAAAGGUUAAUUAGCUAAGUUUCCCCAGGUCAAAUAACCACUUGGAAGAAAAUCAAUCUCAGGAUAUGGGUUUGCAGCCUGCCAAGUCCAGGUUUCUUUCUUUUCUUCCCACACACUGUCCCCUGCACCUAACUUUUCCCUGAAAGGCAGGAGAGCAGUGGCAGUAUCUCCACUGUUGGCAUCAUCCAGGCAGAGCAGUAUGUUCUUUUAGAGGGAGCUUCUUGCAUACAAACCAACUGUACUUCAGGCCAAGGGAACCAGAAAUGACAGGCUUGCCUUACUUUACUCUGUAUCUGCCUCAGAGAUUACUUUUUUGAGAAAAUGCUUUGACAUGGUGAAUUAAAAGGCAUUGUUAGAAGUGGAUACAAAGAGGAUGGCAUUUGGGGUACUGAUAAUGUUGAUUCUUGAUCUGGUGCUGGUUACAUGGGAACUCCAGUUUGUGAAAAUUCUGUGAGCUAUGCAUUUCUGGACACUUCAAUAAGAAGUUUAAACAUUUUAUAGGAUAAUUAAAAUUUGUUUUUAAGGAAAGCAUGUUGGCAUCAAAGAAAUUGAAUAUUACUGGAAAUUAUUUACACAUAUAUUUAAAAAAUUUAAAACAAAAAUUUCAACAAAAACAAUCAUCAUUGUUUGACAUGACCAGAGUUACUAUAGUAAAGGCAAAUUUAAUCUAUUUUUUUUCUGAUAGAAAGUUUUUCUGGAUGCUAGAUCUUUCCUUCAUAAUGUAUAAAUGCUGAAAAAGAAAUUUAAAAACAAAAUCUGUUAAAUACUUACUUUGUCUUCUUUUUAUGGGAAUUAUUCUAAAUUAUAGCUAGCUCAAAGCUUUUUUCAUUAGAACUUGUAAUAUAUGUCUAGAUAUUUAAGAAAUCUAUUUCAAAACUUCAUGGUAUCCCAUUAUAAUUUCUGUGGAGAAAAAGAAAACUUAGAAGUUGGCUUGGCUGGAUAAAAUGUUGUUUUAGCUAUGUAACUAUUUUCAUUAACAAAGAAAUGUUUAUGUAUAUAUACAGACAUAUAUAUGUGUAUACACACAACACAGAAUUAGAAUAUGAUAAUUAUACUUUACCACUAAAGCUCCAUUGGACAUAUUUGAGUGACUUUGUGAUGAGUCAGAAGCAUUUUAGGAUAUUAUAGCACUUUAAUUAUUGUAUACUAGAUCAAUAUUCUAUAGCUAUGAAAAAUGGCCAGGAACAAGAUGGAAUAUAAAUUUGGAAGUAAAGGUACUUAGUUGGAGAGACAGCGAAAAUAAAGACAACUGUGUUUGCAUAGUGAAAAAAAAAGCAUAAUAGUGUGUGUAGGUAUAGAGAGACUGUUGAAAAAAUGAACUCUUAUUAAUUGUUGAAAAUCAGCUAUUCUUUUCAGUAGUAUGAGAGAGAAAAUAAGAGAAUACUUGAAAUCAAUACAUUUGAAAUGAGUCUUCUUUUCUGUUUCCAACUUAUAGUGGAGGGCAUAUUAAUCAGAAAAAUGAUCAAAUAGACAAAAAUCCAGAAAGGAUAUCUUUGGCAUAAGGUACCUGAGUGAUCAAUCCCUAUUUCAUAUAGAUUCACUGAUGUUGAGAGGAACUAAAUACUGUUAAGAAACUGAGGAAGUUCCCAUGUGGUGCAGUGGGUUAAGGAUCUGGCUGUAGGGACUAGGGUUCGAUCCCUGGUCUGGGAACUUCUAUAUGCCAUGGGUGUGCCUCCCCCCAGAAAAGAGAAACUGAUACCAAUUUCAUUAACAAUAUGCAAAUAUUUUUAUGUUUCAAAUAUACCUACUCAGCAGAUAUCAAGUAAGCACAUUUAAAGUUGAUCCUGUGUUCCCAGUAACUGGCUAAUAUGAGUAGACUGUUUUAAUGGUAAUUAUUUGUAAGCUUGUUGGGCAGGGACCAUUUCUACCACAGUUUUGAAUAGCAGCUUGAAUCCUGUUGGCUUCUAAAAUAUGUUAAAUAGCAAUGCUCUCUGGGGAUGUUGGCAUCUGGUAACUUUUCUUUGACAUGCAAACUGAAAUUUUUGGCUACAGUAGUUUGUGCAUUUGCCCCUUCCACGCUCUCUACGUACAUCAAAUAAAUCAUGCUUACUGGAAGAUAGAAUGAUUUCUGAAUGUCCAUGAACCCAAAGGGGAAGACGUAGACUUAGGGAUUUUUUUCAAGCUCCAAUCUUUAUGAAAUAUGUGUGUUUUAGAUUAAGAAGCAACACAAAAGUUAAAAAUCAGGGACCCAAAUUUGCUAGAGCAAAAUUUGGAUGAUUAAAGAAUGAACUAAAUAAAGCCAAAUGGGAUAGAGUAAUAGCUAAAAUAAUACCACAUUUUAAGAAGAAUAAAACUGUAAAUUUCCCCCUUCAAAUUCUACUUUUCCAUCGGUCGAGCUUAAUACUUGUUCAUCUUUUCUUAAUGGAAACUAAGAGAUAAUCCUUAUGACUCCUUAUGAAACAGAGCCAGGGUGACUGUCUCAUUGAAAACCUAGCCAUAGAACCACUGUGGGAAUUGUUAUGCCUAUGACUUAAUUCUGAUUUUGAACACAUUGGCUCUUAUAAAUCCUGGAGAGUUAUAAAAUCUUGAGCCAUUUUUUUCUAAGAUACCUGAUAAUUCCAUUGGUAAUAUACACUUAAUGCUGUAGAAAAAAAAGAGGAAGGGCCAAGAUCAUCUGUACAAACUCUUGUCAGAGAAAUAAAGGCCUCAUAGGAGGACCUGAAUAAAAUCAAGAAAUUUAGCCAUUUAGUUGCUAAAAUAAGAUGUAGAAUUCUAGAAUUUAUCCAAAUAUAGACUUUUAAUAUACUGAGGAAUCAUAUUUCAGAAUAUCUUCUCCAUUCCAAAGUCUUUUUUCCCUUGGAAGAUUUGUAUAUAUCUUAUACAAUUUGACCCUAAAAAUGUUCUCCUUUUUUUUUUUUGGAGUUUUUAGAGUCAACUCUGUGAUAAAAUUUGAAGUACUUUGAUGCCCUUAUCAAUAGUUUUAUCUGAGACAUGUUCAACCGUAGCAGUGAUUACCUGGCAUAUAUUGUUGAGGCAUUGAUCUGCUUAUUCCUAAAAAAAAAAAAAAAAAAAAAUACAAAGCUUCCCCCCACCCCAGUUUUAAAAAUCAAGGUCAAAACCUGGCUUCUUCGUUGAUAAUAGAUGAUUUAGUAUGAUCAGACAAAGGCUUCAACUCAUCAGAUUACAUCAGAAACCAGAUGUUUAUUCUGGAGUCAAAGUUCAAAAGGUUAAAAUGACUCGUAGACACUCCAAGCCAAAUUAGAGAAAACUGAUUAAUUCCUGUCAAAUGUUUCUUUCUUAUAAAUGAGACUUAACUCCUUGGGCAAGUAUAACAUCCUUUUCACCUUUAUGAUCACCAAAAUUUCGUUAGAGAAGAAAUAAGAGAAACAAUAUAUAUGUAUACACACACGUAUUGGACACACCCGUGUGUGUGUAUUUUUUUAAAAUCUCAUAUUCCAACCACUCAAAGCAAUUGUUGAAUAUAUGUAUCAUCUUGGUUUAUACCCAGAUUUCAUGUCCAGGAUAAGCCAUGUUUUUCACAUAAAUAUUUUCCCAUAUUAGAUAUGUACCUAGAUAUUGACCAUAACCGUGGAUUCUUAACAUGACAUUAAAAUUUCAUUUCACUAUUAGAAAAUCAUAAUGUGUUAUUUUUUUUUCACCAAAUCCUUUCCAAGUUUCACAAGAACUUCAUUUUAUUAAUUGAGCUGUUAUAUCUAUGAUUAUUUGUUUCAACGGACAUGGAAUCCUUCCUAGAAAAAAAAAAAAUGUUGAAUUAGAAUUACAGCUCAGAAGCAGUCACCCAUACAGUCAUACUAAUAGAAGCUGUGAACUUUACUUGUCUUCUUAUACCCAUUCAUAUAAUGUCACCACUAUUCCCUGAAACAUGGAGAAGCAGAGACUUCUUUCUAAGUUUAAAUACUUUCUUUGAUUCUCUUCUUGCUGCUGCAUCCUUUCUUACAGGAGCAGCAGUAUAAGAGGCUAUUUUUGGAAAUCCAAAACCAAAACAGUGGUUGGGAAGUCAUGUGUUAGGUGUGGUUAGGGCCUGUCAACCAGCUAUGCUCAGUCCUUUACCCUCUGAAAUAUUUGAAAGCUCCUAGUGGGUCCUCUGAUGUAGACGUGAGCAAAAAUUCAAUAGGACAAAGAUUUAAACGUGCUCUGGGCUUCUUUUCUAUUAGAGAUGUAUUCCCUGGUUGAAUUUUGGCUUCACACUUUAUUUUCUUCUGCUCACUGCCUCUUAUUGCAUCACUUAUUUAUUUUUUCAUUCUUUCUUUCUUCUUCUCCUUACUAAUUUUGUUUUUGAAAAUUCAAUUCAUUUUUUGCUAUAGAAUAUUUUGUAUGCUAGGCAGUGUUCCAUUUCUGCCAUGUUUUUCCCCCACAAUCUGUCAACCAAACCUUAUUCUAUAGUUGACUUCCCCUUGAGAAAAAGAAAAAGAGACAAAGUUUUUCAAACAAGUGUAUGAAGCAGUAGUGGGGGAAUCACCGUGAUUGCAUUUGGAAACACAGACUUCAUGUCUUCAUUUAAAAACAAAAAUUUAUGGCUGUAUUGUGGUAUAUGGAAAUUCCCGGGCCAGUGAUUGAAGCUGAGCUACAGCAGCAAGAUUCUUUCACCUGCUGUGCCAGGCCAGGGAUUGAACCCUCACCUCUGCAGAGACCUGAGCUGCUGCAGUUGGAUUCUUAUCCCACUGUGCCACAGCAGGGGCUCCCAUGACUUCAUAAUUUUUAUCAUCUUUUAAAUUAGAGUGGUCAACAGUGUAUAUUUCCGGAUGUGUAUUUUGUGUGUGUGUGUGUGUGUGUGUGUGUGUGUGUAAUUGUAGAAUAUUUUUCUUAUUACUGAAACAGAUUCUGGACUAUAAUGAUAUCAUCUGGUCAUCUGCUAAUUGAAAUAAUUCCUGCAUGUUUGAAGGCAACAGAGGAUCUGUGAACUUGUAAAAUUUCUUUAUCUUUUAUAGACAUAAUCAUCAUGGCAAACCAUUACAGAGGGAUGGAUAGCAGGAGAGUAAAAGGAAAACAAUAGCAUAUUGAGCCAGGCUCUUAAGAAAGGCUGUGGGUUAAGAAUCUAAUGUUGUCACUGCAGUGGCUUGUGUUGCUGCUGUGACACCGGUUUGAUCCCUGGUCCAGGAGAUUCUACAUGCUGUGGGCACAGCCAAAAUUAAAAAAAGAAAAAAAAAAAGAAAAACCAUUAAUAAUAGCUAUGUAGCUCAAUCAGAAUUGAAUGGUGAGACUGAUAGAAACUGGUUUGGGUUUGGAUUAAGUACCUGAAGAAGUUGUUUUUGUUUUUAUUAUGUUACUCUGGUAAGAUUAAAAUUAACCUGAGUAAGGGUAAGGAGGACUGAGAAAUUGAUGUUACUUGUUUCAUUGUAACAAGCUAAAGAAGAUAAAUUUUGCAAAUUUUUAAAGUAAAACCUGGUUUGUGCCUAACGUGAAGUUAUUUGUAAUCGUUAUAGGACUGUUCACAUAAUUUACUGUGGAAACACUUAUGUGUGGGUUUUGCAGCAUGUGAUAUAUACAUAAUAUUACCUUUGUAAAUUCUGAAAAGUUCUGAAUUCUGAAACAUAUGUGAUUCCAAAAACUUCAGAUAAAGAAUUACAAACCAUUGGAAGGAAAACUGGAAGGGGAAUUGUGAGUGAGCUAAAAACUUCAAUAGAGGAAAUCAGUAACUAUUUUGUAAAAUGCUUAAAUCAAGAAGUAAAAGUAUAUGCAUGUUAUAUAGGGUUAUGGACCAGACAAUUUAGUUAGAAAUUCAAAUAAAUUUCCCUUUGAAGUAGAGUGGAAUGGGGUGGGAGAUUUUCUUCUCAUCCCAUGCUCUUAAGAACUCUUUGGACUGUUACUGCAUGUAUGUAUUAUUUAGGCUUAAAUAAAUUAAUUUCUUCAACAAACUUGCUUUUUUGUACAAUAUUAUAGGUGAUAUAUCUCAAAAGGUAAAAAAUUAAAAGCUUCAAGAAAUAAUAUGCAAAAUAGACUGUAAACAAUAAAACAUACUACAAAAAAAGUAAGUGAUAAUUUAGCUAUGCAGAGAAGAGAAUGACUCCUGUUUUUAGAACUAAGAGUGUAAGUAGCUGAAAAAGUCUGUGUUUAUGGGGAGAUGGACCUGGUGGACUGUCAGGGAAGGAAGAGGGGAGUGAGGCAGAAGAGUCUUCAAAAUGAUGACUUGUUGGAGCUGAAAGGUCUCAAUCCAAGAGGUUUAAGAGGGAGAUGGAAAUGGGGGGAAAGAUACCGGAAAGUUUAUAACGGAGAACAUAUUUCCACACCUUUCUGGUAGACAGGGAAAACCAAUCUGCAGCUCCCUAAUUUAGAUCUAUCUUCAGACAGAUCUAACAACAACAACAAAACCUAUCUGAACAGCUUCUUAUCUGUUAGGGAGGGGAGAAAAAAAAUGCAUCUUCCGUAGGAAAUCUAGGUUAAUUAAUUUUACUUUCAAUUAAAAGACUCUGAAACAUAAGCAAGAAGGUUUUUAAAGAAACUGAGUAUAAAGUCAACUUUUUCCAGAUUGCUAAUUAAAUGUAUGACAUAAGUGAAACAUGGCUCAUCUGACCAGGAUCCCAAAGUAGAUGAGCUAACUAAAUCUCACAGGUGGUCCCUAAGGACAGCCUUCAACCCAGAAUUCAUUGCCCUAAUCCAGCCUAAAUAUUUUAAGGGCGUGAACAAAUAUGAUGAGGUCAUUGAUGAGAAAGGGUUCUUUGGUUCCAUCCUCAUCUUGGCAGCUGUGGCAGCUGUGAUAUCUCUUCAGACACCCAGAUUAUAGGUUAAACCCUCAAGUUGAGCCUUUGAGUUUUAGAAGGAGAUAGAAAUUUCUUGAAAUAGGCUUUUGAUGCAGCAGAAAUGAUGGCAUAGGAGCUGUAUGCAAAAUUAUUACAAUGGGAGUGACCAGAAACAUUGUCAAUUAAAAUAAUAUACAAAGACUUAAUUUAAAAAAUAGGUAAUGAAGACAACUCUCCAAAGAGAACUUAACAACAACACAAAAAAUGCCUCAAGUCCAUGUCGAGUUAAGAGUGUACAUGGGAGUGGCAGUGAGGCCUCUGACAGGUGGCAGGGGAAAUAAGUUGACAGAUGAGCUUUACAUUUCUUGAAAACUCUGUCUUUAUCUCACAGUUCACAGAGGUGGAUGGAAAGGGAGCAGAUGUCAGAAACAGCAGUGCUUCUCAGGGAAGAUUAAGUGGUAGAGGAAAUGAAGAUCACAUUACCAAAUAAGACAAGAAGGGAAAGCAGUGUGUCUAAAUGGAAUUGGAUGGAAUGGCCAGGUGGAAUGUGAAUCUGAAAUUUGAGGAGAUAUCACACUAAAGCAGUGAACAUCAAGCUAUCACAAUGUAUCUGGUUGGGAUUCCAUUAAUUGGUGACAAUUAUGGGUGCUUCAUUUAUUUGUUAAUAAAAUAGUGCCAUGGAGGAUAAGACAAUUAAAUUAUUUUUUAUAUAAGUAUAUUUGAUUUACAAUGUUGUUAGUUUCUGAUAUAAAGCAAAGUUGAUUCAAUCAUUUUUAUACAUUCUUAUAGAUAUUCUUUUCCAUUAGGGUUUAUUACAGGAUAUUAAAUACAGUUUCCUGAACUCUAUUGUUGUUUAUCUAUUUCAUAUAUAGUAGUUUAUAUCUGUGAAUCCCAAACUCCUAAUGUAGCCCUCCUCCUUCCCUUUCCCCUCUGGUAACCAUGAGUUUGUUUCUAUGUCUGAGUCUCUUUCUGUUUUGUAAAUAAGUUCAUGUGUAUGGUAUUUUAGAUUCCACAUGUCAAUGAUAUCAUAUGAUCAUAUUAUGGUCAUUGUAUUUCUGACUUCACUUAGUAUGGCAGUCUCUAGGUCUGUCCAUGUUGCUGCGAAUAACAUUAAGGAAAAUUACAUUUUUAACUUUUAGACAUGUAUAUUGUUUUAUUUCAGAAAUUAUGGGAAGUUGAAAGUGUUGUUGCAAUGUGUGGAAAGAACUAGGAUUUAGGAAGAUUUGGGGUUAACAUAAGAAUUGAUGAAAUCACAAUACGUUACUUUUCAUUCAUUCUUUCCCCCCUCAUUCCACUUCCCUUCUCUCCCUUUAUUUCUUCAUCUGUUCUUAUUGGGAUGGGGAACGUGUGGGAAGUCACAAAUGUUAUUCAAAUACAAUUUAUUAUUAAGGGUAUUGCCCACGUUAUUAUUAUAUGAGUAUGGAUUCAGUAAGCAAACAUUUGUAUAAGAAAUGUAAUCAAUUAGAUUCCUAGUCCACAUAUUAAAGAUCUUUUCAACUAAAGGAACUUGAGGCUGGAAUUUAAAAGACCUGACGGCUAGUUCUUAGUUUUCUCCUAGUUAGCACUAUGACCUCAGGAAAGUCACAUGCCUUCUUCGGCUGUUAAUUUCUGUAGAUAGAAAUCUGAGAUAAUAUCAGAUAUUGAAUGUUCUUGGUGGUUUGAAUACCAUAGUAAGUGGUGAUUCUAGUUAAAGCAGAUGGCAUUCACUGUAAUCAUAGAAAGGGAAAGGAUGGCUCCAAGAACAGAAAGUUAUCUUAGUAAAGGAGUUCCUACAUUUUUAUCUAUUCAUUCUACUAAUGCUAAUUAGACAUGAGUGUGAUUUUCUAUGCCUGGGAAUGUGUUUCUUCCAGAUAUACACAUUGCUCAUUCUUUUGACUCCUUUAGGUCUUCACUUAAUGGCCAUCUUCUCGUGAGGCUUUUCUUUUUCCCUAUUUAAAAUUGUACAUAUAUGCGCAUACAUACAUACACAAACACACCACACCCUUUAUCUGGAAUUCUCUGUCUCCCCAUUUUAUGUUUUAUUUUUCUCCGUAACACUCCCAAUUUUCUUAUAUUCUGAAAAUUCCACUUGUUUAUUUCAUUUUUUAUAUCCCCCCCACUAGAAAGUAAGAUGAAUGCAAGGAAUCUGCUUUGUUUAGUACUGUGACUUUAACACAUAAAAUAGAAUUUAUUGCAUAUUCAGCCCUCAGUAAUAUUAAAUUCUUGGUCAUCAAAUAGCUGAGGGAUUCUAGACUGGUUGUGAGUAUAUUGCUUAACUGGGAAUGGAUAGGGAAACUAGGAAAGUCAGAGGUGGUAGUGGGUCCAUAACUGUGAUUUUCAAGUGUUCUGAGCAAUAGGAUCUUUGCUUUAGAUGAAAACUUAUGUAGAGGCUCCUAUAAAAAGAGAGUAAGCACAGACCUAGUCUGAGUGAAGCAGGUGAAUGGAGUAAGGCCUACCCUGCUGCAUCCUCAAGGUGGCCCCUAAAGAGGCUCUGAACAGAUUUACCCAAGUUUACCUAAUCUCAAAAACACUCGGAUUACUUACUAAAAAUAUAAGUUCCCUGGCACCUCCCCUGGUAAGGAAUGAGAGUAUAGCAAGAAGUAGAUAAAGAGGCAGAGGUUCAUAUCAAGGAAGGUGACAGUAGGUAACAUGGAAGGGUAAGGAUUUAAGAGGUUGAGCAGAAAGGUAGGUUAGCAAAAGGGCAGUGGGGUCUAGUAAGUAAGUAAUUUUAAGGUGGUCAUUCACACUUGUCUCCCACAAGAGAAGGAUUAAAUUAGAUCUUGGUUUGGGUUGAGAAUCAGAUAUGUUUAAAAAGAGAAAAACAAAGCCAUAUUUAGGGGUUUGUUUUGUUGAAUUUUAUUAUUGACAAUGGCGCCAAAGAACCAACAUACAACCACUUGAACUAAAUAGAACUUCAGAGCGUUCUAAACAUUCAAACAUGUGAUGGAAAGAAAAUUCCAUUGGUCAAAGAUCUCAGAAGAGACAUAACUCACUCAUUCAUUAAACACUAGUACACAAACAUAAUCUAGAAUAACAUGUAUUCAUAUUUCUUGUUUUUUCAUAUUAAAAAAUAAAUGUCUUUUUCUAUCAGCAGAACGUAAUCAAUUAUCUGAUUUAAGUUCUGAAGCCUCUCCAGACACAUCUGCAGGUCCCAUUGUAUACUCAUUCUUUGGUGAAAAAUACCCAUAUAUCCUAUAUCUUUUCACUCAUCAAUCCUUAUAGUUCUUUGCAUUCAUAGAAAUAAGUCUGAGUUUCUUCUGAGAACAUCAUAUCCUCAAAACUACAUAAAAUAGAGAAUUCUCUUUUCCUCAUUAUCCUAGUUGCUUUUGGAUGUUUCAGACUCUCAGUAUCAAAAUAUCCAAAAUGGAACUCAUAGCCUCACUGAACCCAUGGCUUAUCCCCAUCUAUUAUUCCCUAUCUAGUGAACAUCAUCUCUCUGUCCAAUCUAUCCACCAAACCCCUGUUAGUUUUCAAAAUAGUUUUCAAAUAUACACAUUCUUCUUCUUACUCUCCAACUUGAGUGCAAGCUACUGUUUUCUUCUUCCUUAACUCCUGUAAUAGGUUCCUACCUGUUCUACUGUCUACUUCUUGCAGACAUUCUCUAAAUUCUUGGGAGUCUGCUGUAGGAGUAGCUCUGUCAGUCACUUCUUUGAUGUUUUCAAUGCCCUUAGGCCAUUUCAUCAUCUUUUUAUCAGGGCCAUUGAAGCAUCCGGCAUCCCAGUUGCUAUUCCAGCUUUUAGUCUCUGCCUUCUUCUAUUUAUCGAAUAUUCUAAUACCAUUUUAAUCUUCAUAGAGCAUCCAUAUUUGCCGACUGCCUUGUUGCUUGUUGAAUUCGAUUCGAACUUCUUAAUUUAGCAUUCUCUUCACCAGAAAUACCCUGUUCUUAUACUUAUGCCUAUCAAAAUACUGGUCACCCUUCAAGACUCUUGAAGCUUUUCCUGUCCUUCCUUCAGCUUGAUGAGGCCAUUCUGUCCUUUGAACUCAUAUAGACCCAACAUGCUCUCUUACUAUAGAUGAUAGACGUCCUUGAAAGCAGAGCUUCACUUUUAUAUCUCCACCUUGCAUUGUCCCUUCCACACAGAUAAUACUCCGUGCACUUAGUGAAUUUUAAUGCAUUUUAUUGGAAUGGUUUUUUAGGCCUUGAGUCCCAGAAAAGAGCUAAUUAUGCUAUUCAUGUUAGUAUUCUGGAGUUCUGUAAUAAUCAAAUGGAAACCACCCCACUUAUGAAAGCAUAGCUUCACUCUGUUUUAUUUCAAAGUAAGCCAGGUUCUUUUACCAUCAGAGAGGAAAAAGGGGGAUUAAACUGAAAUUAAUGUUUUGAUGAAGAUGAGGCAGAUGGUAAAUUGACCCGAGGGAAGCCAAAAAAAAAAAAAAAAAAAAUCAACUUGCCACAUGUUA